GUUUGAGAGUUUGUGGCGGGCCGAGUAUUCCCAUUCAGUUUAUCGGUACAAUUUGUAAGCCACACUUCGCGUUUCUGACAUAACACCCUGUUUACGGUACGAUUUCGUCACGAGUCAUUGCAUCGAUAUGACGAUUGUCUCUUUAUUAUCUUUGAUAGUAAACUGAGAAAUUUUCUAAGGAAAAUACAAAAAAUUAAAAAGAAUGAACGUUUAGUGAAAAUAAAUGCGACGGAAGGAAAUGAAUAAAGUCAAACGUAAACGUUUGAUUUCGAGAUUGUUGGAAGAAACCAAUGGCAUAUAACAACCGAGAGAGAAAGAUAAGUAAAGCUCUCUGGGCGUGAAUGAUAUCGAGGUAUCUAAAAGUACAACCAUCGAUUCGUAAGGUGAAAAACGACGGGACGGGAGUGAACUUAAUCGUCUGUGAUGAUCGACACGAAGAAGCUAUCUCUCUCGCACCGUGAACACCUUUUUCAUUUUAUAGUUACACUAGGGAGAACUCGAUCUCCAUCGUAGAUUACUCUUAUCCAUUAUUAUUUCGUCCUUUUCCGAUUGAAAUAAAUUAAUUAUCUCGGUUGUUUUUCGUUUUUUUUUUGCUCUUUAUUAUUUUAUAAUUAUUCGAUCAACUCGCAAAUGUAAACGAUUUCGAUUGGCAUCGAAAUUCAAAUCGAUUCGUUAUAUAUGGGAAGUUAAUCGAUGUUAAUGAGACGUGCCAAGGUAACCGGGGGAGCUUCGAGGACUCGCAGAGAAGUGAAAAGAAAAUCUGAGAAAAAGAAUUCUGAAGAGAUAAUAAUAAUCGGCAUUGGGCUUAUCGAUCUAACCCGAGAGGAUAUCGCGAGAGAGUCGACAGCUAUUGAGUUACGGGAAGCAGUUUAUAAUGUCACUUAACACUCCUGUCUUGAUGCAAGCGGUGGUUACUUCAAGAUCGAGACGAGCUCUACCGUAUGUCAUCACGGUUCGCACCUUAACUUUAUUUUCUCGUUGGGAUUACAUCGGCCUGCUCGUUAACCGUUCUAAAUUUCUCGACACUUGUGUACCAUCGUAUUUAGAAAUAACACGAACUAAAAACAUAUCCAUGAGCGUAAUGAAUUUCAAUUGUUAAUUAUUAAGUAAAUUAAUAGCGUUAUCAACGAUAUAUGUCGAAGUGUAUCGGAAGAUGGAACGAAAACAAAGAAAAAAACAAGCUAAACAUAUAACGUCGUCCUUUUUCAUUCGACUAUCGUCGAAUGAAUUAAAGUGAUUGAUCGUUCGAUCGUUCAAUUGGAUAUUACAGUCGUAUUUUGUAUACGACUCGUUAAUAACUUCGAAUUUUCAUUAACGCACGUACGAAUAAUAAUAAGAUAGGCGCAAUGAAAAUUUUUUAAACCGGGGGAUAGGUGAAUAUGCAAGACGCGCCCGUAUUGCAUGGGGCAUAAGAAAUUCUUCGCCGAGGACGAAAAAAAGAAAGGAGAAAGAGAAAAGAAAAAAGGAGAGGAAGGAAAGAAGAAACGUGAAAAGAAGGGAAAGGUUUGAGAAUUUUUCUCGCGAGAAGAGAUGCUUUCUACGAUGUCGAGCGUCGCACUUGAAUUAAAUUCGUCAUUUUAUACGACUGCCAUUAGAAAUGCCGCUUUGGAUGGAUUUUCAGAAAUCCAAGUUUCACCUUUAGUUUCAGUGAUUGAACCUAAAAAUGCAACUUCGACGCUUUACAUGUUACCUAUGUAUAUUAGGACAACGUCUAUGGUGAUUUGCAUAAUCGUCAUGGCACUUGGUAUAAUAGGAAAUCUCAUGGUACCUUUGGUCGUUCUACGAGGCAAAGACAUGAGAAACAGCACCAAUAUUUUUCUCGUAAAUUUGAGUGUGGCCGAUUUGUUCGUCCUUUUAAUAUGCACGCCGACCGUAUUGGUGGAAGUCAAUUCUGGUCCUCAGGUUUGGCCACUCGGUGAACACAUGUGCAAAGCCGUUCCAUUCGUGGAAUUGACCGUAGCACAUGCCUCGGUUUUAACGAUUUUGGCAAUUAGUUUCGAACGAUAUUACGCGAUUUGUGAGCCGCUGAGGGCAGGAUACGUUUGCACGAAGGCCAGAGCAACGUUUCUUUGCUUUCUUGCAUGGGUGGCAGCAGCCCUUUGUACAAGUCCCAUACUCUUGAUGGUAACCUACGAGUUGGAAGAAAUCGACGAUACGUUUAUACCAACCUGUUACACUUCCGCCGAUGCAACAUGGAUGAACGUUUUCGUCCUUACAACGAUAAUCGUCUUUUUCGUCGUACCACUGUUAAUUUUAAUGGUACUUUACACGGUGAUAGCGUUACACCUCAUGGCAAAUCCUGCGAUAAGCCGUGGCCCAGCUAAUAAUUUGUUAAAGUAUCGUAAACAGGUGGUACUAAUGUUGGGCACCGUUGUUUUAUGCUUCUUCCUUUGUUUAUUACCUUUUCGAGCAUUGACCUUAUGGAUAAUUGUAGUACCUCAAGAAAUGAUAAUCAAUCUUGGAAUCGAGGGAUAUUACAGUCUCUUAUAUUUCUGUAGAGUAAUGCUGUAUUUGAAUUCAGCAAUUAAUCCUAUUUUAUACAAUUUAAUGUCUACCAAAUUUAGAGAAGGCUUUUUGAGACUUUGUGGAUUGGGCCCUGCAAGGAAAAGAAAGAAAAAGACUUCAGACAGAACCGGAACAUACACAACUGGUUCGACAAACUGUAGUAGCAGUAAUCAUUCUGAUUUCUGGAGGAGGCAUAGCAGCAAUAAAAGUUGCAAUGUAAAAGUACCUAGUAAUACAUGUACUACUGUGUCCAUUGAAAAACAAAUUAAUAUCCCAUUACUCACGGCCGUUGUCACUGGAAAUAUUGUUAAAAAGAAACAGGAAAGUUAUAAAAUGACGCAGCCAUCAGUAACGGCAUAUUUUAACACGUGUAAAUCUAAAGCAUUAUUGUUGGAUCAAGAGCAUGUGAAAAUAAAUAAAGAAAGUGAAUUUAAAACGAAAACGCAAUCGUCCAAAGUUUUGUUUGAAAAAGAAGAAGAAAGUAUGGUAACGAGAGGAAAAUUGAUAUCGGUGCAAGGAACGAGCAAUAAUUCUACCCUUAAAGUAAACUCUACUACGUGUCAAAAUCAAAUUGAUUCUAAAUGUUCUGCACAAAAAACAAAUAAAAUUAUUACGCGUUCACGUGCAGCUCAAGCACAGAAAUUAAGUGAAAUCGGUCAAGUGGAUAUACGUGAGAGUUUUCUCAAAAAAACUUAUGAUGCCGAUGCGAAGAGAGUAUUAUUUAAAAAGGAGGGUACUUUAAAUCCAAAGAAGAAGCAACCUACGACUCCAAAGAAAAAUGUAUCAGAGGAAAAGCAGCCAACGAGGAAUGAAAAAAAUGAACCAACUUCUGUUGGAUUUACUACGCCCAAAAAGGCAUCAAAUAGAGAUGACUCCAGUAAAAAAAACUUGGAUUUGAAUGAGAUUAAAAAUAGGAUUAACAAAUCUAACAGACUAGCAGAAUUAAAAGCUUCUAUUGAUCGCAUAAAAAAAUGUGAUCAGCGUUUAAAUGAAUAUCAGAAACAAAAUGAUUGUAAUAAGCCUCAAAUACAGAAAUUCGAACAUAUUCAACUUGAAAUACCAAUUAGCCCUCAAAAGAACUUUAAAUCGCCAAACAAGGGAUUAAUGAGUCCUAUAAAAAGUGAAAUAUUACCUCAUACAAGCCCACAACGUCGUCUUUUAUUUGAACCUAAGGAAUCUACUAGUCCAGUAAAGAGUAAACCUGACAAAACUCCAGCUUAUCAAAGAUAUUUGUCACUUUUUGAAAAUGGUACACCAGGAUUACCAUUGCCGUAUAACUAUAGAUUCUUAGCAGAAAUUUUUAGAUCCGUUGAUACGGUCUCAGCUAUGCUGUUCAAUCGUAAAGAGUUAAUAACAUUUAAAAAAUUAAAGCCAGCUGUUCAAGAACUUUUACGGCGCAACUUUACAUUAGAGCAUUUAGCACAAAUAAAGACUAUUUAUCCUGAUGCUUAUGUCUUUCAUCAAGAAAAAGUUAGGUCAUUUGGAUCGACAUCUAAACAAGAUAAAUAUGAAUUAGUCUUGACACCGACUGUGCAAAUAAAAGAUCGGCCGAAUGAACCAAAUGAAGACAAUGUCUUACAGGCGGCAAUAGAUGUAAGCAUGAGCCCAGGCAUAUUGCUAGAAAGAAGAAGAAAAUUUUAUGAUGUUUUGUUAGAUAAAGUUAAGACAGAGCACGAGCAAUUUUUGCUAAAAUUAGAAGAACCGAUGGUCAUACCUAAAGACAAAAUUAUACGUUGGCAUCCUGAAUUUGAUGUUGAAAGUUGCAAGCCUAUUGACCAAUCUGUAUUGCCACAACCACCUGAUGUAGAAAAAGCCACCUCUGCUAAACACGUUUUAGAAAAAGCAAAAUCUCUAUUCAAUUGUAAUACUCGCAUGGAAAAAGCUUUGCAAAGAUUGGCAGAAGCAAAAAUGACGUCAAAAUCAGGAUCUUCGGAUAUAUCUUCUACAAAUGAAUCUACUGAUGUUACUAUGAAAAACGUUAAUAUUGGUAUCAUCGAUACUCCACCCGCUACACCAUCUGUAGAAAAGAACUAUCUUUCUACGGCAUUUAAAGGCAUUCCAAAAGCUCUUCUUGAAAAGGUACGCGCAAAACAAGCUGCUAAAGCAUUAGAGAUGAUGACUCGAACACCGGAUCUAGAUAAAGAGGCAACUCUAUAUUCUAGAUUACCCGAAUUAGCAAAAAUUCUACGUAGUAUUUUUGUAGCCGAAAAGAAAGGAGUUUUACCAUUAGAACAUGUAUUGACAAAAUUAGACAAUUCGUUUAGAACUAAACUAACUGCAGCUGAAUUAAAUGAACAUGUGCGAAAAUUAUGUAAAUUAUUGCCUACUUGGGCUAGUAUACAUAACGUGCGGAAAACAGAUUAUUUAAAGCUUGCAAAAGAUGUCGAUUUAAAUAAAGUAAUUAAAAUGUUAGAAAUUGUAGCUAACGAUAAAGUGAUUACAUCGUGAUAUCAUUAUUUCUUAUGGUAUACUUUUUUAUGGUAUGCUUGCACGAGUACAAUAACAAUGAAUUAGCAUCUUACGAUUAGAGUUGAUGUUUUUUGAUAGUGAAUAAAAAUAAUACACGAAAA